AUACAACAGGCGAGGAUCGCUCGCUUCACGGGCUCUCUGCGGUUUCUCCAUUGAGACAAGUCCUAGCAAAAGAAGGCCUCUACUUGGUCUCCCAUCCCUUCGGCACCUGCUCUCCACAUUCACAAGCAUCCAACACGGUAUACAUCACAGAAGUCACCCGCGGCAUUUGAUUCUGUGCAGACGGUUCCUUCAGACCACCUUGCCAUUCCUCUGGUAGGGGUUUGGUGUUUCCCGGACAAAGAUGGCCGGCGAUCCAAACACCAUCACAUCUCCAAGCUCUUUCCCAACAAAGUUAGAAGACGUUUCUGGGCCAUCUGACUUUCCCAUGCGCCUGAGAGAAGCCAAGCAGACAUGCAUAGUUAACCAGAUCAAGAAGCUCGUCGAAGGCUGUGAUAAUUUUAUCGGCCUCUUCCCUGGCGAGUAUGGAGUGCCCGAGAUCAUUGUGUCCGAAAACUUGAGGCACUCGAGUCUUUCCAUCCUCGGGGAUGCAGCCGAGAACUUUGCUCAUUAUAUGAGAGAUUGCACCCUGCCCAUACCGGCGAGGGCUUCGGACUCGAUGGGUACCCGGUCCUCGACAGGAAAGAAGUCCAUCGUUGCGCUGGAUAACCCCGUGCCCACCGCUUCUAUAUCUUACCCGUUUCAGCGGCCAGUGAAGCGCCAUCGCUCUGGCACGACGAGUGGCAGAGAAUCAGGCAAUUUCCGGCCUGCGCGAAGUGAACGUAGACUGAGGGUAGUCAAUGAAGCGCCAGCGCUCCAAAUCAGAGUGGACGAUCGCGACAGGCUCGAGGGCUGGUUCAAAGAAGCAUUUGUCGCUAUGCAGCAGGUGGCAUGCCGAAUCAUUGCCAAAGUCUGGAUCAAGAGGAUUCACCCCCGGAAGCAAUCUACCCACCCCUAUAAUGGCGGCGUGCCACGCAGUGAGAGCAAAGAUCCGGAGCGGACACGGCCGCCAUAUUGGCCACUCAACGUCAUACAUCGUGAGCCAGAUCAUAUAGGCCGUGAUGACCGAACUAGCCUCCUGGUCCAUCUUCUCAUGUCUACUCCGCUCGAGGUCAUCACAAAUCCACCAGAUCCGCAUAACAAGCAGUUUGUAACAGCUGCCAAUCUUUUGAAAUGUCUCGAAUCCAAGAGGUCCGACUCGAACGUGAAAGAAGGUGUCUGGGAGGUCAUCGAGCACGUCUGCAGAGCGCGAGAUCUGAUGGAACAGUAUGAAGCUGGAGAAAUAGAUGGCGACGCCCUGGUCUUUCUCAACGACUACACCAGUGGCGCAAGACUCUGGUCCAACGACUCCGACGACGAGCCGCCCGAACAGACUCUCUCUGUGCGAGGUGCCUCUCAGCGCGCGAACCCUGGCCACGAGUCUGAGGAGGAGGAAGAACACAGUGGUGCAGUCGUCUUCACACCGAACUCCUCGUCGCAAGGCUCUCCCACGGAUCAGUCAUAUGCUGAGGCCAAGCCGCGGAUGCAUAGAAGGCGAGCCACAGGGGUUGUUGAGAGCUCUAGUACACGUCAACCAAAAGGUCGACGGUCAUCUAGGCCACCAGUCCGCGCAGGUCGCUCGGCUUUGUCCGCCGGUCCCCGACAGGUACUGGAGCUUCCAUACCGGCUGCCUGUGGGCAUGAUUAAGCCUGAAAGUCAAGCUGACAACAGGCCACCGGACAACUUGAUGAAUGAGCGAAGAGCUAGUGUCCAUGCCACAACAGACAUGUCGCCAAUGGUGCCCAUGAUGGUGCAACAACUGCCUCCGAAGGCUUUUGGGUGCGACUAUGAAAAUCAGAUGGGAGCCACGAACAUGCUUGACAUGUUCUCAUAUGCAGAGGCAUGCCCUCGGCCACCUAAUACCCAAGCCUGGAUGGGAAUGAUGCCUAACAUGGGACCAGAGCCUCCAGAGCAUGUGUUUGGCUUCCACCCACACAUGGUCACUCAGCCACAAGAAUCGGCGCUUUCGUAUUUCGGGCAGGCAGCGGAAGAGGCCCAGAACAGAAUGUGCGCCCGCGGCCCUUUGAUCGACCCGUCACAGUAUCCAAGCUUCGACGGCGCUCCCCAAUUUGCCUUGCCUUUAAGGAUCAUGGACCCGUAUCAACAGGGCAUGAUGCCGGAAGUCGACGUGAAGAUGGAGAUGACACCGGCAGAGUUCUACGCAUUAUGAGCCCAAAGCUGUUUGCGCCGGAGCUAUAGGGUGUAUCGAACGCCGGCAGCCUUCUCACUUCCAGUAGGCCGACGAGACACUCAGCUAGAGAUUGUCGAUCCUCCAAGAAAGACCAACCUUACUAUCGUGUCCAAAUGCCCACUGCUUUGUCCUGCUUGGAUAGGGACGCUUCUAUGAAAGCCCACUCACCGAAGAAGGAAUCAUUGCAGGGGGGCGAUUGCGCCCUUUCUGUCAGGGAUCCGUAAUUCUUCGCCGCACUGGUCGGGAGAUGGUAUAUGUCGCAUCGUUCGACCUUGCGGCGAAUCUCGGUCGGCGCUUGCUCAUUCUCACAAUCAUUUAUGCUUUGCCACUUCUCGAGUUUAAGCCUGCUGCUUCACCAUCGGCUGCUCCAAUCUGCCAGGUUUCACGAAUUUCCUUUUGGGCGCUUUGAGGUUUAUAUCUCGGGUCAGGUUGCCUUUUUUACGAUCUUUGUCGGCAGCAAGCAGAUAUCCAACAAUCGUUGUUUUAUGAAAACCGGUCUACCAGAAAAGUUCGGAGUGCUAAUGAUGAUUGAGUGGCACCCAGUCAGUUGUUCGAGAUAUCCCCAGCAUGAGUAUCCAUAUCAAGGGACGUGCGAGCAGCAAGGAAAGGUCUUUGUGGGCGAUGUUUGUUUUCGGGAGGGUGCCAUGUCGUGUUUGACCAGGCGUGAAAUGUCUGAUAAACUUGGUUGAUCCGAGCGCUGGAUCUAGUCCCGGGCUGUUUGAU